AUGGCCGACCAGGCAGGCCAGAAGAAGCCGUACGACUACCAGGAGCGGUACCGUCACGUCCGCCAAAAGCCUCUUUCGGUGUAUUCCGUGGAGGUUAAGGGCGAUGAGCGCACCCGCCCCGGCCUGUUCGCCAGGGUGCUCGAUCCGGUGUACAGGGCUUCCACCCUGGACGAGCUCCGCGUGCGAUGCGUGGAGGCCAACGCGGUGCUGAACAGCUACGACAUCUUCGACCGGGUAGAUAUCGAGAUGGACGCGGGCCCCAGGGAGCAUCCCGAUAGCGCCAAGGUGACCGUCGAGGUGUCCGAGAAGAAGAAGCUCAACCUCAAGGGCGGCGCGUACGUAUCGCAGCAAGGCGAGGGUUCGAUGGAGGUUAGCGUCGGGCUGAACAACGCGCUCGGGUACGCGGAGAAGCUGGACGUCGAGUUCAUCAAGGGCCACGAGCGAUCAAACUCGUGCACACUGGCGUGGAAUCAGCCGCGGGUCGGUAACGUGGACGUGGACGUCGUCACGCGUGCGUUCCAGCAGGUGUCGUGCUCCAAGAGGCUCUCCUCGUUUGACGAGACGGCGCGAGGUAUCUCCGUCACCGCGGUGGGCGGCGGACCCGCCACCGUGGACUACUCGCUCGUGUGGAGGGAGAUCGCGGAUCCAACGCGUCUCGCGUCCAAGUCGAUCAGGCAACAGCUCGGUCACUCGCUCAAGUCGUCGGUCUCGUACACCUACCAGGUUGACGAGCGCGACAGGCCGGUUCGACCGGGGGCGGGGUACCUGGCGAGGGUCCGGAGCGAGCUCGCCGGAGUGGGCUGGGACCCGCAGAUGACCAGGUUUCUCAAGCACGAGGCGGAGGUCCAGGCGGCGCACACGCCCGCGGAGGGCGUCACCUUCUUCGCGAGCGCAAAGUUGGGAGCCAUGAUGCCGCUGGGUCAGAACGCCAAGGACCCGGAGAAGGGAACGUGCAUCGCCGACAGGUUCUUCCUCGGCGGCGUCGGGUCUCUCAGGGGUUUCGAACCUCACGGCGCGGGGCCCAGCGACGAGCGAAGGCCGCCGCCCACCAAGGCUGCGGCGAGCGGAGAGAACCUCAUCACCCGCGACGCGCUCGGCGGAGACGUGCUGGCGCAGCUGUUUGCUUCCUACCAGCUGGAACCCGAGUGGAGCAAGUUGCGGGACAUCGGCGUCUACGGACACUUCUUCGUCAACGCGGGGACGCUGAUGCCGUGGAUCACGGGCGAGCGCAAGAGGGUGAGCGGGAGGGAGCUCGCAGACUCGUUCAGGGCAUCCGUCGGUGUGGGCCUGGUGUUCCCGCUGCCCGUGGGGAACAUAGAGGUCAACUACUGUCACACUCUGCGCAGCCGACCGGGCGAUCGGGUCAAGAACGGCCUCCAGAUAGGUCUAGCCACCGCCUUGGCGUGA